UCAUGUGUUACAAUAAUGAUUUGGAUCUAUUUGUUCAAACUAUUUCUCUUGUGUUUAACGAUCUCUUUCUUUCUAUCUCUCUUUGUCUCUUCUAAGCCUCAACAAACUGCUUCUGGAAACAAUGAGAGCUCUCAAGUUGGGUCAACAAAGGAAGGAAAUCCGAGUACCAUUGCCUGUGACUCUCAGGAUGAAGGCAGAACCUGUUCAAUGACGCGCAAAGAAAGUCCUCCAAGUAAUGCCACUGCAGAAACUGAGCCUAUCCCACAGAAAUUGCAAAUGCCUCCUUGUUCUGAAUGUGAGAUGAAAAAAGCCCCAGAAAAACCAUUGACCAGCUUUGAAGGGAUGGCAGCUAGAGAAGAAAAAAUACUGUAAAUACUAAGAAACUGUGUUAAAAACAUCCAUUUGCUAUUGUCUUCAUACUCUUUUUAGACCACAAGCUUGAUGGAAAUACUAAGUUUCUAAAGCAUGCAACUUUUUCACAAUUUUAUGUAACUUUAUAAAGUAGUCUACAAAUUUUCAAAGAUUCCAGACCAAUUAUGAUCCUUAAGCAAUAACCUAAUUGAAAUGAAUAUCCACAGUCAUAAAAAUUUUGUUGUCAUCAGUAAAUUGCCCCAUAUAAAUUGGUCUGGUUUAACUCAAAUGCUAUCUAACAUGUAAUUCUCCUGGUUCAUUUGGAUAUCUAGUACUUCUAUGAUGUAGUUGUCAGAAUCAACUGGAGGAUAAUAAAAUAUUGUGGGUUCUCAGCAUUCUUAGAAUCCAAAUUACAAAAAUAUCUAUAAGGGUUUAGUCCACAUAAGCCAACUGAAGUCACUUUCCUCAAGGUUGGAAUUUGUGCCAAUCUAAAUACGUUGUUUCUUUGAUGGUGUUUAUUGCUAUUGGUAUUAUUUUGAACUACUAAUAAUCAUUUUGUCUAAACAAUGCUAAGACAAUUCUGUCAAGAAUUUGGUCUGCUAACAUAAUUCAUUAAGUAUGUUUGGCAUCAUAUAGACAAAAUAUUUGGAUGAAUGACUAAAUUUCUGACACGAUUAAAUAUUUUGGCAUUCUAUAGACACAUCUCUUAUGUAUGUCUACUGCAAUUAUUCCAAGUUAAUAACCAAGUUGUCUGAAAUACUUGGCAGGAUUUUUGGUAUGAAGUUGGGUAGUGGAGUAGGGAAUGAAGAGUGAGUUCUAAAAUACAAAUAUGAAAGCAGGUAAUAUCUGUUACAAAGCAGGGGUUUGAUGAAAGUACAACAGCCAUGUUGAUUCAAUAAACCCAGAUGCAUAUUUUUUGAAAACAAAUGUGUUAUUGAAAUAAAUCAAUGGCAGUGUUAAUCCUUAAGAGUUCUGAUUUUCUAUAGGAAUAUCACUAAUCAAAUAAAUGCACUCAUGAAUAAUUGGAACAUAGCUCACAAGCAAGUGGAAUUGACCCUUGAAUAAUUAUCUGGUUAAUAGGUUUCAUAGGACUUUCAAAGUUGCAGACUCAAUUAAUGACUACAGUUAAGUUGUCUGAACUGAAAAGUCAUUUCUUUUGCUUAGAACCUUUUUGCAACUGUAGAAAGCAUAUUAAACCAUUGGUUUUACAGGAUGGAUCUGUCAAACCACGAUAUAUACAUUUGGAUCAGUGUAUCCUAGAAGAUAAUUAAUAAAAAUAUAUUAAAGGAAACGUGUAAUCAAUCAAUGAACUUAGAUUCUGAGAUUUAAUGGCAUACCUCUGAUCAAAAUGGCAUAUUGAAAUAAAUUUAAAGAUUUGGAGAAUUGGAAAAUAUCAUUAGCUGUAAAAGUAACAUUAUCAUGUAUUUAUGUAGCAAUUCUAUUUUCAGAAUGGUUCAGUGUCAUUUAUUAGCACAGACAGAUGCCAACCACAGUGGUUCAACUUAAUGAUUUUUUGAUGAUUCCGUGAAAACUUCAUAAUUUCUACAUACUUUGAAUUUUGAAUUUUUUUUUUUUUUUGGAGGGCUAGUGAUACGUGGUCCACGAGAUAUUCAACAUUUUAUUAUAAAAUAGGGUUUGUGUUAGACAAUUUGCCCAACUGUAGGAUGAGGUAUAUGUUCUGAGCACAUUUAAGCAGGUUUAAGUUAGGGUGGGCUAUGAUUUUCCAUAGGUUAGGUAUCUUAAAUGCAUUUUAGACUUACAAGGUUUUCAACUUUGGAUUUGUUUGUCUGUAUGUAACCCUAUUGUAAAUCAAGGGGUAUUUACAUUUUUCAUAAAACCAGCUACCCAAGAAAAAAAGAUAAUUAGCUUUAUAGAUGAUCUAUAGAGCUUUCAGAUGAAGUGACCAGGAUAAAAUAAAAGAUCAAGGUCUGAAGUUUCUGCUGACUCCUUCAUAUUUCUAAAAAUAAUUUAAUUAUAGAAACUAGAAUACUGCUAGUCUCCCAAGUCCUGUUCCUUGUAAUUUUCCCACUGUGCUCAGUGGCCCUAGCCAUCUCCAUAGUUUCAUGACAGGGAAGCAGAUCAUUUAUUUUUAAUUUAUAUUCAGUCUCCCACCUCCACCCUGGGGCCCAGCUUCCCUUGUAGGCCCUGUGGGUCCUAUGGAAAGUUAUUCACCAUGUCAUCUAGCACAGCAUGUUUUGAAGCAUCUUUGGAAUGAAAAAAAAGGAGAAUCAGGCUGUUAUUUUCUGAAAUUGUCAUGAGAGAGAACAUGUUGAACGG